GGAACAUAUGACAAAAGAGCCUCAAGUCUUCUGUCCUUUUCCCUUUCACCAUAACCAAUGAAUACAAGCAGACAUGAAUCAUAUGAUGUAUCUGUUUAUCUACCAAUCUUCUAAAUUACAAUAGUUGACUAACUUCACACGAUAUCUCCACGAUAUCUCCAGUGUGUACAGUAUAAGAUCGUCUUUCAUAAUACUCCAAGUCUCCAAUUGUGUGGUGAUUCUGAUUUUUGUUAUUAAUGCUGUAAGAAGACUGAGAGAUGAACCCUACAAGCAACAACGUGGGUUCAAUCUAUGAGUUGCAAUCACAACACCAGAUUAACAUUCGUGGCGUUUCUCAUAAUCAUCCACCACCACCACUUCCAUUGAAUCUACCUCGUUCAGAUCUACUUGUUGGAAGAAGAGAAGAUUACAACGAUAUUUGUGUUCCUACUUAUAAAGCGACAAUAACUGGAAAUUGGAAAGCUGCCAAAAUCAUCCUUGAUAAACGAAGAGAGCUUGUAAGGUUUAGCAUCACUGAAAGUUACGAUACUGUUCUUCACAUUGCUGUAAUGGGGAAAUCAUACUGGUUUGUGGAAUAUCUGGUGAGUUUAAUGGAAAAAGAAGACUUAGAACUUCAAAAUCAAAAAGGGCCCUGUUGGAUAUUCCCUGAUAGUAGAGGAAUGAUGCCACUUUACAUGGCUGCUUUAUUUGGAAAACAUGAUAUGGUGAGGUUUCUUUAUCAUAAUUCCCGGAAUAUGAGUGGUGAUUUUUGGACACAUCAUAAUAGAGGUUGUGUUCUUGUGAAAUGUGUUGAAGCUAAUCUAUUUGAUGUUGCAUUACAAAUUGUGACAGAUCGACCGGAACUUGCUAUAAAUGGAAGUGUACUUGGAUUAUUGGCUCGAAAACCUUACGCAUUUGAUGCUACAAGAAGUAAUACAUUCAAGAGAAUCAUAUACUCAUUUUUGGAAGCAUGUCAUCUGAAGGUUGGAAUUCCCGACAUGGAAACUUACGCCCUACAAUUACUACGAGUCAUUUGGGCAGCGAUUGUGAAACUACCCAAGGCUCAAAAUUGAUGAAAUAAUAAGGGGCCCACCCGAUCAACCUAAGGAUGAUAUAAAGCAAACACGCGAUGAAAAGGAAAAACAAGAAACACUUCUACUACUAAGAACCAUAUCAGACAACAUUAUAAAAAUGCCUUCUAGAAUCUACAACCUAUUCCGAUGCCCUACUGAUGAAAACGCAGCCACUUCGAAAACUGUAAAGCAAAAAUACUCAUCGCGAGUAUUAUUUCUUGCUGCAGAAAUGGGCAACACUGCUUUUUUAGUGGAGGUUAUUCGGCAAUAUCCACAUUUAGUACGUGAGGCGCACUCAGGAACUUGAUAAUUACUCUUGAAGAUAAAAAUGGCAACAAUAUUUUGCAUAUAGCUGGGGAGAGUCCGAAAAUUAAUAGACUACAAAAUAUCCCAGGGGUUGGUCUUCAAUUGCAUCUAGAAACAUUAUGGUUCAAGGAAGUAGAAGCCAUACUUCCUCCACCUUUUCGGGAAAAAAAGAACACAGCGGGUCUAACACCACAUGAAGUAUUUGUCAAAAACCACAAAGAAUUAUUUUCAAAAGGUGAAGAGUGGAUGAAAGAAACAGCCGCCCAAUUAAUGGUGGUUGCAUCACUUAUAGCCACCAUAUCAUUUGCAGCUGCAUUUACAUUUCCAGGUGGAUACGACCAAGUAACCGGGAUGCCCAUUUUCCUCAAAAAAAAUCUUUCAAAAAUCUUCAUAAUAUUCGAUGGCUUAUCAUUUAUAUCCGCCACAGCUUCAAUCCUCUUGGUGUUAUCUAUUUUGGGAUCCGAUUACACUGAACAUGAUUUCAUGAUUUCGUUACCUCAACAACUUAUGAUGUGUUUAGCAUCACUUUUCAUCUCUAUAGCUACCAUGAUCCUCACUUUUCUCAUCAACUUUUUAUUACUUUAUCAAAAUAAUUCUAAAUGGAUACCGAUUUUUAUCAGUUGUUUUGCUGCGGUUACGUAUAUGAUAUUUGGUAGCCCAAAGUUUCCUCUUUUGGGUCGGUUCUUAUAUGGUUCUAGGUUUCUUUUUGAAAGGGAGAAGGGAAUGCUUAAGAAACCCAUCUUUUAGAUUGUAAACGCAAUUUUGUCAGUGUUAGAUGUUAGAAUUAUUUUGUAUUGUUUUUGUAAUUAUAGUAUACAUUAGGGGCUAGUGAUGUAAAUGUAUACCCAGAUAUUUGUCAAAAGACAUUAUAUAUGAUGAUGUUUUGGCCCUCAAGUCAUAUGUUCACACAUGUUAUGAAUUUUGUUGUUAUGAGAUGUCUUGAUCUAUAUAAAU